AAUGUUGAAGUUAUUAGUAUUUGUGUGCUUCGCGUCCCAAGUCUUCGCAAACAGCGAUGACCGGUUCAUCAAGAAAUACGCCAUGAUGAAGAUUUACGAAAGCUGUUUCGGACCCGAAGUAGUGAAACAAAUCCGCAAAGAAAUGAAGGAGGCGUAUGCAAAGUGCUCUGCACCGCCAUCUGUCGAAGAACCGCCGAACCCACAGAUACCGUCUAUAUUGCUAGGAAAACUCCCGCCCGGCUUCUCGAUGGACCCGAGCACGCAAACCAUCAUUAAGCCGCUAGAUGGCGCUAUUCACAACAACCAAGAAAAUGAACACAACCAAGACCAGCCAAUGCCACCUCAGAAACCACCCAUGGGACCAGGAGGAGUGCCAUUUAAUUUCAGGCCACAUGCGAACCCCUUCGCGCAGCCAGCCGUCCCCCCCUUCAUGAUGAAUGGGAACCCCCAAUUCCGGCCGUAUUCGCCCGCAGCCCCCUUCUACCAGGUGCCUUACAACCCUGGCCUGUUCUACCCCCAGGGGUUGUACAACCCCUACGCGCAACCGCAGUACCAGCAAGGGUUCUACCAGCAGCAGCCUUACUUUGGGUCUAAUAGGGUGGCGCGUGAUAUGGACCUCCGUGAGCGCCUCGACGUCAUCUCCCGCGGGCCAGCCGGCACACGCGUGAAGAACAUCACGUGUGUGAUGCAGGAGCUCGGCUACGUGGACCACAGCCUCGAGCCCAACUACGAACAGAUCACGCAGCGGAUCAGCGACCUGCCGGUGUCUUCCGAACUCAAGGGCGACAUCCAGGACGGGCUGCAGUUCUGCAGGAAGUUCUCUCAAUGCGUGCCAGACGUGAAGCGUGAUAUGGCGCCCUUGUCACAGGAGCUGAUCAAACCGAUGUUCUUCUUCCGAUGCUAUAAGCACAAGAAGCUGGAGGCGUGCAUCAUGAAGGACAUCCGUGAAAGAUUCACCACUGAGGAGGAGCUGGACACUGACACCGAUUUUAGCUUCCACAGGUCCCUCUCGCGGUCCGCCCGGUCACUCCGCGACGAUCCCCUCAGCGACCCUCGGUUCGAGGCCCUGGACGAGAUGGCGGUCUACCUCUACGACUACCUGAGCGGAGGGAACGGACUGGACUUCGACCUGUAUAUGUAGAUUAAGGAAGAGGGGUUCCCUUGCCAAUGCUUUUGAACUAGCUGGCCCAGCGAAUUUGUACGUUGUUCAUCAGAAAUUUUAGGAUUCACAGAGCAUGGAAUCGCCGCGCGCCGCCCGCUAGCGUCGAUUCUUUCAAAUCGAUCCAGUAGUUUUGGAGUUUAUUCAAAUCAAAAUACAAACAAAUAAUUAGUUUCCACGUUAUGAUAUUAGUUUGUUUUCUCUUUAUAAUAAUAGUUUGAUUAGUUUUUGGUAAGUCAAGAGCUAAGACAUUAGUAUGACUUGCAUGAUUCACAAAGAAGCUUAAUGUGGUGCAUCUAUGAUUGGGUAAGCAAUCUUGAUGGCAUAUAAAGCGUAACAGUUGCACUGCAAUAGUAGCUCUUAUAUUGUAGAGAAUAAAGACAACUUCAAAGUCAAGAUGUUACGUCUAAUGUGCUAUUUAUGAAGCUCUACUUAUUGAAAUAUGUUGUAACUUUAUUUAUUAGAAUUUCAAAGAAGGAUUUAUCAAAAAUGUUUUAAAAAUUUACUGAAUGGGCGCUAUGAAGACUGGGAACCUCUGCUUGAGACUGACUUUAAUUUUCAUUUUAAUUUUGUAUAGGUAGUUUGAUAAUGAGUUUGAUAGAGAUGUUUUUUACGAUCUUUUUGUUCGUAAACGAAACGUUUCGAAAAUUACUUGUAUAAACAUUGCAUUUAUUUUUAAUUUUAUUGUGUCACAAAGUGACUUCAAGCUCAAUUAUCAAAUAAAAUUCAACCAAUCACAGGCUUGAAUUAGUAGAUUUUUUUAUAUUUACUAAAACUUGCUUUCGUACUUUUCAGCCAGUAGAAAAAGGUCAAUAUUUUCCAUGUUUAGAAUAUAGUUUCUUAUUUCCACCAGAUUUUUAGUAACUAAUGUGUCUUUCAAUACGACAAGCUUGCCAUUUGUUGCAUUUAUUCCUAUUUUUCGGGGUAUAGCGGUUAGAAAUUUCAGGGAAACUUGCUGCAUUGAAUCAUGAAUAUGUUUU